AUAAGCUUUUUGAAAGUUGAUACUGGUUGACACGAGUACAUAAGGAAAGAGGUGACAGAAAGCAAUUCAUCUCCAAAAGAUACGGAUUGAUUGAUCAUGCAGUCUCCAUCGAGAAGUUUUACCAACUUGGCUUUACAAAGACUUUCAGAAUUGGGUAUAUUGUCUCAGAAUGAAAGAGACAAUCCUUGGGCUGGAUUAUCAGAAGAAACUGCCUCCCUACCCCAAUCAGAACAACUCAAGUGGAUAGAAUCCUUGAACCCUUCACAACUUCCAAGAAAGUAUAGAAGAUAUGCAGAAAAUAGAAUAUAUGCCAACAGAGAUACCAACUUGGAAGAUAUUCACUUUUAUGGAUUUGAUAUGGAUUAUACCCUUGCCGUAUAUCAGUCACCAGCCUAUGAAGAGUUGACCUAUUCUUUAGCUUUACACGAUUUGAUAUAUGGGGCUGGUUAUCCAGAAGAAUUAUUAUCUUUACAUUAUGACCCAAAGUUUCCUAUAAGAGGUUUAUUAUUGGACAAACAAAAGGGCAACUUGAUAAAAUUGGACUCUUUUGGUGCCAUUUUAUUGAGUGUUCAUGGAAGAAAGACACAUACUAGAGAAGAAACAAGGGUAGAAUAUCCUUCCUUAUUCAUUCCGAGUGACCAAAUAGGAACUCGAUUCUUUGCCAUCGAUACUUUAUUUGCUUUGCCUCAAGCUUGCCUUUUUGCAGAUUUGGUGGACCACUUUGACCAUUCAUUUGGUCAUGGUUUAGAAGAUUCUAAAAAUUCAAGCAAGGAUGCAGUUAUAUCUUAUUCUAGUUUAUUUCAAGAUAUGAUGCAUGCAAUGGAUAACAUUCAUCAUGAUGGCUUAUUGAAAAAGAAAACUUUGGAAAAUCUCGAUCAUUAUGUCCGUAGAGACGAAAGAUUGUCUCUAUUAUUGAAAAGAUUGAAAGAAAGAGGAAAAUUUUGUUUCUUAUUGACUAAUUCCGAAUGGUUGUAUACGGAUGCUGUUAUGAAACAUAUUUUGGGCCAUUCAUGGCGUCAUUAUUUUGACUUGGUCAUAGUGGGUGCACGCAAACCCUCCUUUUUUGGUGAAGGAACUGCUAUGAGAGAAGUCGAUUUGAAUUCAGGACGUCUCAAGUUGUCAGUAAUUGAUAUAGAACAAUUGAAGAAGAACACUUUGGGCAAAGUGUUUCAUGGAGGUAAUGUAGAAAUAUUUCGACAACUGACCGACUCUCAAGGAAAUGAUGUUUUGUAUAUUGGCGACCAUAUUUUUUCUGAUGUUUUGGUUUCCAAAAAAUCACAUCAAUGGCGGUCUUUGUUGGUUAUUCGAGAAUUGAAUGACGAGAUUACGUCAUUUGUCCAAACCAAAGAUAUGCGCGAUAAAUUGCAUAAUUUGGAAUGGAUUCGAGCAGAAAUAUAUCGAGGGCUUGACUCGGAUUCUUCGGUUCCACCGGAUGCCAAAGAUUUACGCCAACAUAUUUCUCAGACUCGCUUAGCAUUGGAUGCAAGUUACAACGUAUUCUUUGGUUCUUUGUUUAGGACAGGAACUCGUCCAAGUUACUUUUCUUGGCAAAUGCAACGUUAUGCCGACUUGUAUACGAGUGAUGUAGUGAACCUUAUUCAUUAUCCCAUAUUUUAUGUCUUUUCUCCUGGUAUUGUUCAACCCCUACCACAUGAAGAUCAACCUGAAGACAAAUUUGCCGCGAUGGAAUCUUCUCAAUAAUAAAUAUAAAAAAGGAGGAUUGAUUGGCUG